CCAUUGGUUUUGUCACCUCGCUCGCCGCCAUUUCCUUCAGCUUCCGAAGGACCGGUUGUUGUUUCAUCGAGGUGCGUUCGCAUACCGAGACACCGGCGUCGAAAUGCCGUCUCACCCGCUGCGAGUGGCUGUGGUCUGCUCCAGCAACCAGAACCGUAGUAUGGAGGCGCAUAACAUCCUCAGCAAACGUGGCUUUGAAGUGCGAUCAUUUGGAACAGGAACACAUGUAAAGCUGCCAGGGCCUGCUCCAGACAAGCCCAACGUCUAUGAUUUCAAAACCACUUAUGAACAGAUGUAUAAUGACCUUGUUAAGAAGGACAAAGAACUAUAUACACAGAAUGGUAUCCUGCACAUGCUGGACCGCAACAAGCGCAUCAAGCCACGGCCGGAGCGCUUCCAGAGCUGCAAAGAUCAGUUUGACUUGGUGAUCACAUGUGAAGAGCGAGUCUAUGACCAGGUGCUAGAAGAUUUGAACUCUCGGGAACAGGAGACUUUUCAGCCAGUGCAUGUAAUUAAUGUAGACAUUCAGGAUAACCAUGAAGAGGCCACAUUAGGUGCAUUCCUCAUCUGUGAGCUUUGUCAAUGUAUUCAGCACACUGAGGAUAUGGAUAAUGAAAUUGAUGAACUUCUACAGGAAUUUGAAGAAAAAAGCAGCCGUCCUUUCCUGCACACGGUCUGCUUUUACUGAAAGGUGACCCCAAGCUCCAUUUCCACUCUCUAGCUGGGUGACCCCAGCCCUCUUUCUGCACUCUGUGACCAAAAGGAAAAAAAAAAUCUCAAAUUGAAUGGCUGGGCUGGACUGUGCCUUGUGGUAAAAAGAAGAAGGUGGUGGUCCUUUUCUUCUAAUGAUGCACGUGAGCUACUAGAUGAGCAGCCCCAGUAUCUGACCAAAAACAGCAGACUUUGCUAACUGCCUUUGACCCCCUCCCCACCCCAGUAAUGGAAAUGGUAAGUUCAGUGGACACAGGGACACAUUGAGUGAAUGUGCAGUUGAUUUCAAACAUUACCCCUAAAGGAGCCUCGUGGGGGCAGGGACUCCGCGUUGGGUUGCAAUGUGGACAUUUGAGCCUGGAGCUGCCUUGGUGCACUCUGUGUUCCAGCUCUCUAUCAAGUGUGGAUGUGAGCACUUAAUACCUCUGUUGACCAGCUCAUUCACCGUCUAAGGAGACAGCUGCUAUGGCAGGCUACUCGAUGAAAUUGUGAGAAAGGGUGAGGCCCACUCACUGUCUGCCUCAUAUUUAUGCAUCCCUUUUUAAGACCUCUGCAGAAUUCCUCUGCACAUCUGAAAGUUGUGUGUGUGGGAAGCAGAAGUAAAUGAGUUGAGUUGAGUUGGAGCAGGUUGAGUGUUUGGUUUGCUGUCAAUCUGUCUAUGUAUAUAUGAACUGUUGAGCCGACAGAUGUGGAGGGAAGCAUGGUUUGACCUGUAAAACUUGGCUUCUCCAUAUUUAAACUGAAUUUCUUGGAAAGUGAUAUCCAUGCAGUUCACUGCUUUCCAGGUUGAGAGUAGCGAGCGGGGGAAUAAUGUAUGUGGACGUGUGUGUACAUAAAUAAAACUUCUAUGAAACAUAA